AUGGGCGGCUUCUACAUGCAGUAUCUUGAGAGCCUCUGCCGACGACGCGGAUGGACAGAUCCGUGGUACGAUUGCUCCCGCGGCCACUCUGGCUACACGUGCCUGGUCCUGGUCAACGGGCGCGAGUACCAGACGGACCUGGCCUACGCAUCGGACACGCUGGCGCAGGAGAACGCGGCCAUGCGGGCCUUCAUGGUAUGCCGCAACUUCUCCGUUAAUGGCGGCAUGCUGGCGCGCAACGGCAUCGUCCAGGGUCUGCCCGCGGACGAGACGAGCCGCACCAAGCACAAGAGCAGCAGCAGCGGCAGCCGCCGCCAGGGGGGUGGCAGUGGGGGUGGUUCGAGCGGCGGCAGCCACCACCACUCUGGAGGCAGCAGCCGCGGUAGCAGCCACCGCGGAUCCCGCUCCGGCAACCACUCGAGCAGCAGCUCGACCGCCUCGUUUGAGUGA